GGUCGUCACUACUGGGAGGUGGAGGUCAACGGACGUUUCUGGGCCGUUGGUGUGGCCCGUGAAUCGGUUCAGAGGAAAGGUCGUGUCCUCUUCAAACCCAACGCGGAGAUCUGGGGUUUGCAGAAGUACGAUGAACUUUGUGUGGCCCUCACGACUCCUUCCAACACUUUGGUCCCACUUCUCAAUGGAGAAAUCGGGGUCUACCUGGAUUAUGAGGUGGGACAUGUCUCCUUCUACGCCGUCGGCAGCCGUCAACGUAUCUUCACCUUCUCCGUGGCCUCCUUCAGUGGAGAGAAGGUCUUCCCCUACUUCUCCGUCCUCCUCUCCACCAUCAAAUUAUCCCCCAAGAAUUGA